CUGUACAACAAAACACGAAACCCCACCUCUGUGACUUGUCUAGUUUACACAUCAUUAUUAAUAUAACUAAAGGCUCUCACACCUACCAUCUCAUGCGCUUUACCAAACAAUUGAGACCUCCCAAGUAACCAGAGUCAUCUCACAAUCCGGAAAGACUCCGGGAAAGAGGGAGAGAUAGACAUGGCCGGAGCUUACGAUGCCAACUUACCGGCGGUUCCUGAUUGGCUCAACAAAGGAGACAACGCGUGGCAGCUCACGUCAGCGACUCUGGUCGGUCUACAAAGCAUGCCAGGUCUCGUCAUCCUCUACGCCUCUAUAGUCAAGAAGAAAUGGGCAGUGAACUCCGCUUUCAUGGCUCUUUACGCCUUCGCAGCCGUUCUCCUCUGUUGGGUCCUCCUCUGUUACAAAAUGGCUUUCGGAGAUGAGCUUCUGCCUUUCUGGGGUAGAGGUGGUCCCGCCUUCAACCAAGGAUACCUCAAAGGACAAGCCAAGAUUCCAGAAACUGUUAGGAUGUUUGGGAACGGGACUAAGGAGAGAGAAGCGACGAUGCCUUAUUUUCCGAUGGCGACUUUGGUUUAUUUUCAGUUUACUUUUGCGGCGAUAACGACUAUACUUGUGGCUGGAUCAGUGUUGGGGAGGAUGAAUAUUAAAGCGUGGAUGGCUUUUGUGCCAUUGUGGUUGAUAUUUAGCUACACGGUGGGAGCUUAUAGUCUAUGGGGUGGAGGGUUUCUUUACCAUUGGGGAGUCAUUGAUUACUCCGGUGGAUAUGUUAUUCAUCUCUCCUCUGGCGUUGCCGGUUUUGUUGCCGCUUACUGGGUUGGACCCAGGCCUCAGGCUGACAGAGAAAGAUUUCCACCGAACAAUGUUCUUUUAAUGCUUGCCGGAGCUGGGCUUCUAUGGAUGGGGUGGUCCGGUUUUAACGGUGGAGCUCCUUACGCCGCCAACUUAACCUCCUCAAUCGCGGUGCUCAACACCAACCUCUCGGCUGCCACAAGCCUCCUCGUAUGGACCACACUCGAUGUUAUUUUCUUUGGCAAACCAUCAGUCAUCGGAGCCAUUCAAGGCAUGGUUACUGGUCUAGCCGGUGUCACUCCCGGAGCAGGGUUGAUCCAAACAUGGGCGGCCAUAAUAAUUGGAAUAUUCUCAGGAUCAAUUCCAUGGGCAUCUAUGAUGAUCCUUCACAAGAAAUCUACUCUCCUCCAACAGGUAGAUGAUACAUUAGCAGUAUUCUACACCCACGCAGUAGCGGGAAUACUAGGUGGAGUAAUGACAGGCUUGUUCGCACAUCCUGAUCUCUGCGUCUUGAUACUUCCUGUCCCAAACACCAACGGCGCUUUCUACGGCGGCAAUGGCGGCAAACAGCUUCUGAAACAGUUGGCUGGAGCUGCCUUCAUUGCUACAUGGAACCUAGUGUCGACGACUCUCAUACUCCUUGCUAUAAGGAUGUUCAUACCGUUGAGAAUGGCUGAGGAAGAGCUUGGGAUUGGAGACGACGCUGCUCAUGGAGAAGAAGCUUAUGCUCUUUGGGGAGAUGGAGAGAAGUUCGAUGCCACGAGGCAUGCAACGCAGAUGCAACAGUUUGAAAGAGAUCAAGAAGCUGCUCAUCCUUCUUAUGUACAUGGUGCUAGAGGUGUCACUAUUGUUUUAUAAAAAAUCACGUUUAUGUGUUUCUCUUCUUUUUCAUUGGUGAUGUAGAGUUAUGUGUUUUGCCUAUAAUCACUUCAGUUUUUAAUCUUUCUGAUGUAAUUGCAGUUUAACAACCAUUUGUGAUUUUGUAGAAAUAGUCAUUUAGUUUUCGAAUUGUUUGUAGUGAAUAAAUUUUCUUAAAUUUUAUUGGUGUCAAGUUCUUAAUCUGUAGUAAGAAUAAAGCGGCG